AGGAGGUGGGACAGGGAGAACGUUUACUGGGCUUGCGUGUGGAGCUGGGACAGUGGGGCAGCGGUGGGGGGGCUCGGUUCACAGUGAUCACGGCCCCAGGGUCAUGGAUUCAUUCUGCCUUCCUUUCAGAAGCACCGCUAUCAUCGAGAAGAAGGUCCAGUCGACUGUCGGCAACGGAUACGGAGGAAAUCACAGUUCCAACUGUCAAACGGCCCAUCGUUUUGAAGAAGAUUCGACCACAAAGCAAAGCUUUGGCCGAGGCGGUGAAGGAGAACGUGUGUGAGGGUCCGGUGGUGACGGGACGCGGUGCUGAGGGACGUGUCACCCCCUCGCUGCCCCUCACCGCGAGCCCCACUAACCGGGAGCCGCUACGCUCUCCGCCCUCGGAGUUGCCAGACCAGCUGUCGGCCCGGAAGGUGCGGCGCUCCUACAGCCGGCUCAGCCCGUUUGGCACGCAGAUCGGCAACAGCAGCGACGGCUCGGACACGUCCACGCCGGACCCACGCCACCCCGCCCGCCGAUCCUUCUUCGGCUUCGAGAGGCUCCUGCACGCCAAGCCCGGGCCCCCCGUCUCGCCGGUGAAAGCCGGCAGCCCCAGGGAGGCAUCACCGUCAUUUACCACCCCGGCCACCCAGCAGAUGACUGGCGGCGUUCCCGGCGUUCCCGACGCCAAGGAGAAGCGCAGGAAGAGGAAGGUGGCUCCCAUCGAGACGUCGACAAUGGACCAGUGGGCCGCGGAGAUGAACGCCACCUUCGCAGAGGCCGAGCGCUUUGACCUGCUGGUGGAGUGACCACCGACCCCCCCCCAACGGGUCAGUGCCGGACCCACGGACACGAUAACUCACGGCAGGUAGCGGUGAUGCCGGUGAACACUUCACCCAAUAGUUGUAGGAAGGUGGCGGCGAUGUGUGUGUCUGUGUCUGUCUCUGUGUGUGUGUGUGUGUGUGUGUGUGUGUCUGUCUCUGUGUGUGUCUGUCUCUGUGUGUGUGUGUGUGUGUCUGUCUGUGUGUGUGUGUGUGUCUGUCUGUGUGUGUGUCUGUCUGUGUGUGUGUGUCUGUCUGUGUGUGUGUGUCUGUCUGUGUGUGUGUGUGUGUGUCUGUCUCUGUGUGUGUGUGUCUGUGUGUGUGUGUCUGUGUUCCUUUGGCAACCCUCGCCCACACACCACCGGUCUAACAGUAACAGCCCGUUCACUGAGGUCUCAUCGUCGCGGACGAGAACCGUGGCUGGGACCACCUCACUCUGUCUCCACUUCAUGCGGUUUUCCCCAGCGCCCCCCCCCCCCCCCCCCACCACACACGGACUGCCAGAGGCCACGCACCGUGUUUCUCCCGCACGUGUUGUAUUCUCGGUGUCUCCCCUUUGUGAAAUACGUUCAUAAAUCAGGACAAGAUAACUGUUUGCAAACAUGGGCUCGUCACUGAGUGGGGAAGAAAAAAAUCAUUAGGCUGCAGGGUGUGAUGUUUUUAUAAAUCAAAGUGUGAAGAUUGAUCUGCGGUGAAAUGUGUCUCUGCGGCCUCACACACACACACACACACACACACAGAGACACACACACACAUACACCCACACACACACACACUCACACACACACACACACACACACACACAGCGGGCUCAGGGCAGUCUGUGAUUGUUACACUGCAGGGUGGGCGCUUCUCCAUAGUGAUAGCACAGUUAGGCCAUUCGGCCCAACGAGUCUACUCCGCAAUUCAAUCAUGGCUGAUCUAUCUCUCCCUCCUAACCCCAUUCUCCUGCCUUCUCCCUGUAACCCCUGACGCCCGCACUAAUCAUGAAUCUACCUAUCUCUGUCGUAAGAAUAUUCUAUGAUGGCCUCCACAGCCGUCUGCGGCAAUGAAUUCCACAGAUUCACCACCCUCUGGCUGAAGAAAAUCCUCCUCAUCUCCUUCCUAAAGGAACAUCCUUUAAUUCUGAGGCUGUGCCCUCUGGUCCUAGACUCUCCCACUAGUGGAAACAUCCUCUCCACAUCCACCCUAUCCAGGCCUUUCACUAUUCAGUGAGUUUCAAUGAGGUCCCCCCUCAUCCUACUAAACUCCAGCGAGUACAGGCCCAGCGCAGUCAAACGCUCAUCACAGGUUAACCCACUCAUUCCUGGGAUCAUUCUUGUAAACCCCCUCUGGACCCUCUCCAGAGCCGGCACAUCCUUCCUCAGAUACGGGGCCCAAAGCUGCUCACAAUAUAUUCCAAAUGAGGCCUUACCUGCACCCUUUAGUCUCAGCAAUAGAUCCCUGUUUUUGUAUAUAGUCAUAGAGUGAUAGUGAGGAAAUGGGCCCUUCGGCCCAACAUGCCCAAACCGGCCAACCUGUUCCAGCUACACUAGUCCCUCUGGUGUGGGCAAGUCUACAAGGUCUCUUGUAAUAAAUGCUAGCAUUGAGUUUGCUUUUGUUACUACCUCUGGGUAAAUACAGGCAGCCACCACACGGUCCUUGACAGAUCUGGGUCAGGAUCCAGUGGCAUGGAGUCCAAGACGACCUGAGACCCUAUCCUGCUGCAGUCUUCAUCUGACUUCCCAGCCGUUGUGACGGUCCACUAAGGUCAGCCAUCGUCCUCCGCCUGUUCCACCGUUGACACAAAAUGCUGGAACUCCAAAGAAGGGUCUUGACCUGAAAUGUCACUCCGUUCCUUCUCUCCAGAGACGCUGCCUGUCCCGCUGAGUUACUGCAGCAUGUUGUGUCUAACUCUGUGUAGGUCACUGCUCUCAGCGAUGCCGUCUGCAAGGCCACAUGAAUUCCCUUUACCGGUGGAAGCCGGCUAAUACCGCAGUCGUUACACUUUGUAUUUUGUACAGGAAGCAACUAAUAAACAGUGAUUUGUAAA